UGUAUGACGAAUCGAAAAGAAAUAAUAAAACUGAUAAUAAUGAAUAGAUAUGGUUCAUAAUUCAUUAAGAAAUAGUAAUAAGUUAUUUGAUUUAGGAGCAUUUCAUUUAAUAUUAUCACAAAAAUAUUUGGUGGUCGUUUCGACAUUGUGCUAACUAGUUCUGUUUCGUCAUUAAAGCUGGUUGAAGAAGAUUGAUCCAAUGUAUUCUACAAUUGAUUAAUAAUCGUCGUAGGAAAUGUAGUUUUAUAAGUAACGCAUAAUUAUUUCAUUUGUAUUUUUAUUUAACUCGAAAUAAUAAAAUGAGCUAUCAAGACGAAUCCAGUUGUUACGUAGGGUCUUUCCCUAAGGACUUCAGCUAUGGGCCAUUUGAACAGAAUGGCGAGAGUGACAAUGCAUCAUUACAGGAAGAUCAUAAACCACGAAUUUUACUUAUGGGAUUACGAAGAUCUGGAAAGUCAUCAAUACAAAAGGUUGUAUUCCAUAAAAUGUCACCCAAUGAAACAUUGUUCUUAGAAUCCACAAACAAAAUAGUUAAAGAUGACAUCAACAAUAGCAGCUUUGUUCAGUUUCAAAUAUGGGAUUUUCCAGGGCAAAUAGACUUCUUUGAUCCUACUUUUGAUUCCGAUACCAUAUUUGGAGGCUGUGGCGCACUGGUUUUUGUCAUUGAUGCCCAGGAUGAUUACCAAGAUGCUUUGGAGAAAUUGCAACUGACAGUAACAAAGGCUUACAGAGUAAAUAGCAAUAUUAAGUUUGAAGUCUUUAUUCAUAAAGUGGAUGGUCUUAAUGAUGAUUACAAAAUGGAAUCUCAAAGAGAUAUCCAUCAUCGUGCAAAUGAAGACUUGGUUGAAGCGGGCUUGGACCAUGUUCACUUAUCAUUCCAUUUAACAUCUAUUUAUGAUCACUCUAUAUUCGAAGCCUUCAGUAAAGUAGUACAAAAAUUAAUACCACAACUACCAACCUUAGAAAACCUUCUCAAUAUAUUAAUUUCUAACUCUGGUAUUGAGAAAGCGUUCCUGUUUGACGUGGUGUCCAAGAUCUACAUAGCGACAGACAGCUCGCCCGUAGACAUGCAGAGCUAUGAGCUUUGCUGCGACAUGAUAGACGUUGUCAUUGAUAUCUCAUGUAUAUAUGGAAUGGUGGAUGAAACUGAAGUGAACACAUUCAACAGUCAAAGUUCGAGUCUUAUCAAACUCAACAACGGCACGGUGCUGUAUCUGCGUGAAGUCAACAAAUUCCUCGCGCUCGUCUGCAUCCUGCGUGAGGAAAACUUCCAAAAACAAGGUGUAAUAGAUUACAACUUUUUGUGCUUCCGUGACGCGAUCACGCAAGUGUUUGAGCUGCGCAACAAGAGUCAAGGUGCGCUGGCGGCGGCGCGCGCGCGCGACUCUGACGUCAUCGCCAAUGGCGCCGGCGACUCCGUGGAGAGCACAUCCGACUCGCAGCUACAACUUCUAUAGCACAACACUUCUCUAUGUUAUUUCUAUGUCAACCGUAGAAAAAAAGCUUAUUACGUGUAAUUUGUAUUAUGUUCG